GAUCCAGCUUUAGCCUGGAGAUGGAUGAUGGCCUUGGAGAGGACCAUGGACCACCACCCUUGGAGACCCCUUUCCAACAAGAAGCCCCUUCCUCCAGCCUAAUUCGGGUAAAUUUGUGGCGUUUCCCAGGACCUAACAAGUAAGUAAUUUAUCACUGAUACAGGUGGGAAUUAUUUUGCAAAUUUUCAUGACCAGAAAGAACUUUGUAUUGAUUUCCGUCAAUGGUGUAUGGGUUUCGUUGCAGUCCUGUGCAGGAGUCUUAAAACGAUGCACAAACACAAUUAUUCAUUUGUUUCCUGUUUCCAUUAUUUUUCCAGAUAACUCACGACGGUGAACACAUCCAAUGCACCUUCCUCCUUCUAUUUUCCCCACAACAACAACAGCCCUUUUGGGUUGGGCUGAGAGAGAGAGAGACUGGCCCAAAGUCACCCAGCCAGCUUUCGUGCCUAAGGCAGGACUAGAACUCACCAUCUCUUGGGGAUUGGCUUAAAGGCAUCGAGCCUUCCAACCUAUUAUUAACCUUAUUAACCUAUUAUUAAUCUUCCAACUUUAUUAAUCUAUAUUCUAUGAGCCAGUUUUCAUGGUUAAGGUGGGAUUUGAAAAUCACCGUCUCUUGGUGAUUGACUGAAAGGCAUCCAGCCAACUUUCAUGGAUAAGGCAAGGACUAGAACUCAUCGUCUCCUGACCGGAUGACUCAAAUAGCUUUGACAGGAACCGUAUUUUUACAGCCGUGGUUGAAAGAGAUCCUGAACUGCUCAAGGGCCUAAGCGAUUAUCUGCGGAAAACGUCCAACGUUCUCACAGACAUUAAAUAUAGAGAUGGGAAGACAGGCAAGACCUGUUUGAUGAAGGCCUUGCUCCAUUUGAAAGACGGGAAGAACCCCACCAUCUCUGAGCUCUUGAAGAUAGACAAGGAGACCCAAGAACCAGAAUCAGAGGAGACUUUGGUCAGUGCUGCUUGUACUGGCCGCUACUACAAAGGCCAAACAGCUCUCCACAUCGCCAUUGAGAAGAGGAGCUUAGAUCUUGUGAAGCUCCUGGUGGAGAAUAAGGCUGAUGUCCACAAGGCGGCUUCCGGUUUAUUGUUCCAGCAGGGCUACAAAGAGGUUCACUUUUAUUUUGGUGAACUUCCUCUCUCCUUGGCCGCUUGUACCAACCAGUCAAAAGUGGUCAUGUACCUCCUGGAUAACCCUCACCAAAAGGCCAGGCUGACUGAACAGGAUUCCGUGGGCAACACCGUCCUCCAUGCGCUGGUGAUGGUGGCCAACGACACGAAGAAGAACACCAAGUUCGUGGUCAACAUGUAUGACAUGAUCCUGAGGAAAGGGGCCGAGAUUGACCCUUCCUGCAAAUUGGAAACGAUUAAAAACAAGGAAAAGCUGACCCCUUUAACGCUGGCGGUCAAGACUGGGAAAGUCAAGAUUUUCAAGCACAUCCUCCGCCGAGAGAUGAAGGACCCCAAGUUCCAGCACCUUUCGCGCAAGUUAAUCGAGUGGACCUAUGGCCCCAUCCAGACUUCCAUCUACGACAUGACCUCCAUCGACAGCUGUGAGGAGAACUCAGCGCUGGAGAUCCUGGCCUACAACAGCAACAUUCCAAACCGGUACAAAAUCGUGGCCCUGGAGCCUCUGAACAAGCUACUUCAGCACAAAUGGGAAUUCUUCAUUAGAAAAAGGUUUCUCCUCAGUUUAUUCCUCUAUGUGACUUUCAUGCUGAUCUUCACAUGCACUGCUUACUACUGGCCACCAAAGGAUGAGCCUCUUGUUCCAACAACAGUGACAUUUCAGAACAUACUAAGACUUCUUGGAGCUGUGAUUGUUUUAAUUGGUGGCAUUUAUCUCUUCGUUGCUCAGACUGUUCAGUUCUGCAGAAGAUGGUCAUCUCUGAAAAGCCUUGCAAUGGAGAGUUUCUUCGACAUACUCCUAUUUCUGCAGGCGCUCGCCAUCCUGGCCUCGUCCGUGAUGUUUGUUGCAAAGUUGGAAGAUUACGGGGUGCCCAUGGUGUUCGCCUUGCUUUUGGGCUGGGUGAACCUCCUCUACUACACCCGCGGUUUCCAGAAUUUGGGAAUCUCCAUCAUCAUAAUCCAGGAGGCCGUCUUGAAGGACCUUUGGCGUUUCGUGGUUGUGUAUGUGGUCCUCCUCUUUGGCUUUGCAGCAGCUCUCAUCGUUCUCACCGGGGGCGCUUCCCACUCGGCCUACAACCCGUCUCUCCCGCUCAGCGACGACUCUAAAGACCAGGCCGUGUAUUCGGGGCUACCUCAGACUGUCUUGCUGCUCUUCAGGAUCACCAUCGGCAUGGGCGACCUGGAAUACCAGGAGAACUUGAAGUACAGCAACAUUGCGAUGCUGUUGGUCCUCCUUUUUGUCAUCUUGACUUACAUCCUCUUGCUCAACAUGAUGUUUGCCCUGAUGGGCGAAACAAUCUCCAAAGUCUCUGAUUACAGCCAGAACAUCUGGCAGUUGCAGAGAGCCCUCACUAUUCUGGAAAUAGAAAAAAACUGGAUCUGGUGGUGGAAAAAACGUGAGAAAGGCAGCCGUUUCCUCACCAUCGGCUCUGAGGACAAGGAAGAGAAGAAGAGAUGGUUUUUUCGAGUAGAAGAGCUACACUGGGAAAAUUGGACUAAAAAAUCCAUUCUCCGAGAAGAACCCAUGGAAACCAACUCUCGGGAGGAGACAUUAGUGAUCCAAAAAGGGAGCGUGGUGACCCAAGCCAUGCCCCGCGUGUCUUCUUCGUGGACCACAUUCUUCCAGGGGGAGCAGGAAGAAGAAAAGGAUGAGAUGGUGGCGAUGAAGGACUUAGGGCCGCAGGAGGAGAGGAGUCGCCAGGAGGAAAGGACGAGUGAACAGACUUGCUUACUGGAGGACAAAUGUUGAGUGCAUCUCCGUUAAAGCAGCAGAGAAGUUCCCUGUGGGGAUGAAAACCAGCACCUUCAGAGAGCUUAGCCCAGAUUCUUUUUCUUUCUUUCUUUCUUUCUUUCUUUCUUUCUUUCUUUCUUUCUUUCUUUCUUUCUUUCUUUCUUUCUUUCUUUCUUUCUUUCUUUCUUUCAGUGCUCACACUGGGAAUACUGUUGUGACACAGUUUCCGUCUUCAGGGAUAAUAAAACUCUAGCUUCCCUA